GCCGAUUCUCGCGCUAGUCGAGUAACUGGCGCACGAUCGCUCGCCUGUCACUUAGCUUGCCUUAAAUUACGUGCGUGUGUUAAGCAAAUAUUACGAUUGAAUGGGAAACAAAAUAUCUGAUUCAAAAUUGGAAAACUGGAUUGUUGAGCUGAUUACUGUAAUAAAAUAGAACUGGAGAGGAAGAAAAUAAUUUGCGAUGUUACCAAGAUGGCGUCAUACAAUUUCAAGACUGUUCCUAAUUCCUCAGCGGUAUGUCCUUGGCAUCAUGGGACUACUGGCGGUUUGCAACGCGUAUACCAUGCGGGUCUGCCUCAAUCUCGCUGUCACUCAGAUGGUGAACAAUACAAAGAACGAGGAACAACAUUAUGACCCUAACGCUUGUCCUGAUGAAAGCGAGUUUAUUACAAAUGGAACUGUCAGUUCUAGACCGUACGCGAUAUUCGACUGGUCAGAAUCCACUCAAGGGUUGAUUCUCAGCGGGUUUUACUAUGGGUACGCUAUUACCCACGUCCCUGGAGGCUACUUAGCCGAACGCUACGGAGGGAAAUGGACCUUAGGCAUCGGUCUAUUAAGUACGGCGAUAUUUACUCUGCUCACACCUGUGGUUGUGAAGGCUGGGGGCGCUACGUGGCUGUUCAUACUGCGAGUGCUUCAAGGAAUGGGAGAGGGUCCCACAAUGCCAGCGCUAAUGAUCGUGCUGGCCCGAUGGGUUCCACCUCACGAGAGAUCAAGACAAGGCGCACUGGUCUUCGGAGGAGCUCAGAUAGGAAAUAUCUUUGGAUCUUUCAUGUCAGGGUUUCUGAUGGCAGGAGACGGAGACUGGGCGAAUGUGUUCUACUUCUUCGGAUGUUUCGGUAUACUUUGGUUUUUGGCUUGGAGUAUCCUAUGCUACAGCACACCAAACACCCACCCGUACAUUUCUGAAGAAGAACUGAAGUACUUGAACGAGACGGUGACUAGUGCUGACACGAAGAGCGUCAGGGAUCCAGUACCUUGGAAGGCUAUUGUGCGAUGUGUGCCUGUGUGGGCACUGCUUUUUGCUGCUGUCGGUCACGACUGGGGAUACUACACAAUGGUGACAGAUCUUCCUAAAUACAUGACAGAUGUCUUGAAGUUCAACAUCGCAGCCACGGGUACCCUCACUGCAAUCCCUUACCUCGCCAUGUGGAUCAGCUCCUUUAUAUUCGGCUGGGUUUGUGACGUAUGUGUCAAGAGAAAAUGGCACACGAUCAAGACGGGAAGAAUUAUUCAUACUACUAUAGCUGCUACUGGGCCCGCAAUAUGUAUCAUAUUGGCGUCAUACUCGGGAUGCGAUCGGUUCGCCGCCGUCGCCUAUUUCAUAGCCUCGAUGGCCCUAAUGGGAGGAUUCUACAGCGGAAUGAAGGUUAACGCGUUGGAUCUGGCACCGAACUACGCUGGCUCCUUGACCGCCAUGAUCAAUGGGACGUCAACGAUAUCUGGAAUCAUCACACCUUAUUUGAUUGGGUUGUUAACGCCUGAUUCAACACUAGCCCAAUGGCGAAUAGCAUUCUGGGUGUGCUUCGCCGUUCUGGUAGGCACAAACGUGGUCUACAUCUUCUGGGCAGACGGCAAGCAGCAAUGGUGGGACGAUGUGAGACAAUACGGGUACCCUGAGGACUGGAAGCAUGGCCCCCUGAAGAUGGCCAAUCAAGACAAAGAGAAGAACAAAGCUAUUGAAGCUAAGAACUCUAAGAAGUAAUAGUGUUGUGAUUGGGACUUUUUGAGACCAUAGAUGAUGAAAUGUAAGAUUGAAAACGUUUUGCAAUUAGUGUGAAUUUCAGCCCUCGUUAGAUGUCGAAAAUAUUUCAAUUUUUUCUAACUGUAAUGACUUAAUCUUAUUAGUUUUAUAAAAAAACAGUAUCUAUUGUAAAUUUUUUUGAAGAGACCCUACCACCACCUACUUUGAUAAUUUCUUGUAAAUUCACUAAUUUCUUCGACGAGUAUUUAUUCGUCUAUCUGUGGUCAAAGUUAUCAAAUAUUCUAUUAUUGUUAACUUAAGUAUUUAUAAGUAACUAAUGUGAUUAGCUAAGUAUUAUUUUAGCAAUUCUGGUGUUAUUAUACCUGCGAUGAGAGAGAAAGGAACUUCUUUCAUUGAGGCCGUGGCUCAAUCAGGCCGUAGGAUGAAAAACUAUGCCAUUCUGGGCCUUAACUACUACCGUUAAUUAGAGGACUUGGCCUAGAAUUUUAAUUGCGGCACGACUUUUAAUUGAAAUGACGAUUCAUUCAGAUUGGAUGACGAUUGAGUUGUGAAACGUAUUUUUGAGAACUGAUCGUAACGAUUUCUGCUUUUUGUGAGCGAUUCCUUGAACCAAUUUACUUUUGCGCAGUUACUUAAGCUGAUUUCAAGUACAUUGUUUUGAACGUAUCAAGAUGUAUUUACCCAAAAUCUUAUCAAGAAAAAUUUUAUGCUUUUAGGUAAGAGAUAUCAAAAUUAUUGGUAAAUCCAAAAUAAACAGAAAAACUAACAAAUAGUCUGUCUGAAACCUAUGUAAACAACUUUUUAUCAAACAUGUUUGUUGAUGUGCCAUUUAAAUUCUUGUAGUGACAGUAAUUUACAAAUAUUGUUUUUAUUCGAUUCUUUAUUUAUUUUCAUGAUAUCAACAUUAUUUUUAGAAAUAAGUUUUAUUACAAUUGUUUUUGCGAUUUAAUCUAUUUAACGUACAUAUUUUUUUGUAAGAUGGCCAACAUUUGUUUUAUCUUUUUCACGUAGUUUUGCUGACUAUUAACUGGAUACAGAUUAAGUACAAUGAACUCAAAAGGCGUAGUUACCUUUCACAUACAUUAUGCUAUACAAAUUGAAACAUUAGUCAUAUAAUUUAAAUAUAGUUGUAAUUAAUUAGGCUUAAAUAUAAUUUCCUAACGUUUGCAGCGAAUGUGAUAUGUUUAGUAUUUUAAAUGUCAACGAGAUGAUGAAUUAACAGUCGAAUGAUAUUGUGUUAUUUUAUAAAAGAUUUAAAAAUAAACUGUUGAAAAAUAA